AUGGCGGCUGAUACGGAAGGAAUGCAAAAGAUGUUGCCUGAAAUUAACCCACCCCGGAAAGUACCAAGACGCUCUAUGUGUUCUUGUAGUAGUUAUAGUAUCUUUAAAUUGCUGUUGUUUCUGUACACUUUAAUAUUUUUGUUUGUUGGUUUAUUUUUACUGGGGACCGGUAUACUAGUUGAACUAAGCAGACAGGACUAUACCUCUAUUAAUAAAAACCUGCUUGCACCAGUAAUAUUACUAAUAUUAGUUGGUUUGAUUAUUACUAUUAAUGCUCUAUGUGGUCUGAUUGGUACCAUCACAGAAAAUCCUUGUCUGUUAAAAAUGUUUUUAGUGUUCACUAUAAUUGCAUUCCUUAUCCAAGUUACUAUUGGUGUUUUGGCGUACGUUUACAGGAAAAAGGUACCUGAAAUCACUAAUUCUCAUCUCAUGUUUGGUGUUGAAGAAUAUAGUAAAAAUUCAGGAAUCAGAUGGGGAAUGGACAAGAUGCAAAAGAAGUUUAUGUGCUGUGGAUUAAGAAGUUAUCAAGAUUACAGUGUUUAUAAUGAUGAUUUUAACUGUGUAUCCGAAACACCUCAAUCUUGUGGUGUACCAAGCUCCUGUUGUAGACCUAUUGAGAAUAUUGAGCCAAAAGAAGACUGUGGAUAUGGCAUUAUUGGCAAUGGAACGAUUGCUGAUAAAGUGUAUACUGAAGGAUGUAAGGCUAUGUUUUUACAAUGGUUGGCUACUAAUCUAGAUCAUGUUGGAGCUACUGCUCUAGGAUUUGCUAUACCUCAGAUAAUUGGCAUAAUGAUAGCUUACUUCUUUCUACGUAAAGUUAUGGAACUACGAGUAUGGUAUAGAGUGGAGAAUUUACAGUAA